AUGGGCCACGAGGUCAAGCUCAUCGUCGUGGGGUCGCUUGUGAGGAGAGAGAGAGAGCGAAGUGGCGAAGAAGAUAGAGGACGUGACAUUCAAGGCGGGGAAAANCGAAGCACAAAGGUUGAAGGAGCGCAUUCCUUCCCUUUGCGAAAAAGGCCUUUUGCAUCUCACACUUUACAGGAGCUCAAGCUCAUCGUCGUGGGGUCGCUUGUGAGGAGAGAGAGAGAGCGGAGUGGCGAAGAAGAUAGAGGACGUGACAUUCAAGGCGGGGAAGACCAUAGACUGGGAUGGUAUGGCGAAGCUUCUCGUCUUCGACAAGGCUCGCAAGGAGUUCGUUAA